AUAUAUAUACUGAUUAUAUUAGAGCAAUAAAUGUCCCAAUCUUCCAUCAACCAAUUUUAGUUAGGUGGGGUGACAAGCAGGAAAAAAAUGGCAGCAUCUCCAUAACCAGCCGCCUAGUAUUACUAGCUUUACCUUAAAGUCAAUACUAACAACAAAGACUGAAAAUGAAAAAACAGAAACAUAGAAGAAAGCAAAAAACAAAACUUGUUCAUCCAUGUUACAGUUGCGUUAGAAACUAGGCUGCUGCUGCUGCUGCCCACCACAUCCUAAACAAUUAGCAGUAGCCAUGGCCUUCCAUGAUCGAAAGCUGAUCUUCGAAUCACUUGAUAACUCCACUGGUAAAUCUUGUACCAGUUUUUAUUGCAACCCGAAAGAGAAUCCUUCUGGGAUUUGUCCAAUUUCAUGUCUAUAUAUUUGUUAUCCAAUUUGUACUUUUCCCUUGUUUUCUGAAAUCCAACCACCUUUGCCACCCAACUUUUUCACCCCUAAAGUUCCUGCUCCUCAGUCUUCUCAACACAAACCGAUUGUCUCCAUCUUCUUGAUUAUUCUAUUUACUGUGUUGGCUACUUCUUUCUUUCUCUUUUGUUGCUUUGUGGUUUACAGAAUCCGGAAAGCAAGAAUUUCAUCGCGACAACAGCAGCGAGUUGAGGCUGAAGGAGAAGAGGAGGUGUAUAGUGAUAUUGUUGAUGAAGAUAUUCAUGGACCCAUGGUGGAUCAUCCUAUAUGGUACAUUAGAACAGUGGGUCUUCAGCAAUCAGUUAUCAAUGCCAUUACGAUUUGCAAGUAUAAAAGAGGAGAAGGAUUAAUUGAAGGAACAGAGUGCUCUGUUUGCCUGAAUGAGUUUCAAGAAGACGAAACACUUAGGAUUUUGCCAAAGUGUAACCAUGCUUUUCACAUACUUUGCAUUGAUACUUGGCUUAGAUCACACACCAAUUGUCCCAUGUGCCGUGCCGGCAUUGUCAUCGCCCCUGCCUCUGCCUCAUCGUCACUUGAACAGAAUUCGGGGCCGAGACAUGAAGAAGAAGCUCAGGCGGGAAAUUCAGAGAAUGCUACGGAAUUAAGUCUUGACAUUGAAAAUGAAGGCGAGUCACUGGAACCAAGUAGUAUGGAUAUUAGUGGAAACUCCAAAGACGAUGUGGGUACUGGUACUAAUGAAGGAGUGUUAAUUGAAUUUGGUGCAUCAAGAAGAUCAUCAUCUUUGGAAUCUUUAUCUACAAAUUCAAUAUUAUUAACUUGUUCUUCAAUAUCUGAGAGUACUUUCGAUGGUAAUGAGAUCUCCGAAGGUAUGAAAAAUCCCUGUAUGGACAGAGUUAUGCAGAAAGAGCAAAUGAUAAGAAGAAGCCAGAGUGCUGUUCUUCUUAGGUGAAGUUAAUUCCAUUUUUUUUUCUUUUCGCCUAUGAAAAUUCCAAAUGUCUCAAGAACUCUUAUAAAGAUGAGAGUUUUCCCUAAGAAAAUCGAAUUAAUACUUCAAAAAAGGAAGGAAAAAAAAAAAAAAGAACAGUAAAGAAAAAGAAUUGUACCUAUUACUUUACAAUGAACAAGAUACUGAAUAUUACUAGUUGUAAUAAGUGUAGUAGUAUAAAAAGUUUGAGACUGAUCAGAAAUAGAGAUCAGUCAGAGAGAAAAGAAAUUCUCUUAUAUUUGUCAUUGCCAAAGGCUUCUGGCAAAUUUUCUGUUUGUAUAAAGUUAAAUAAUUGUGUUCUUUCGUCUUA